AUGAACGAGUUUGCGUCUAAGUCGACACAUGAGUUCUUGACCGACACUACAAGCUCACCAGACAGUCGCAAAACUAGAACAAUCUAUGUUGCAAGAGCCAUACACGAAGAAGAGACCGAAGGGAUAGCAGGACAAAAUGCAGCUGUGAACCAGUCCCAUUCACGUGAUCCCCGAUCGGGAAAAUUGACUUCGUACGCAGCACUUGGAGGCGCUCAAGAUGUAGAGCGGUUUGAUCAGUUCUUGGCGCAACAGCGUGGCCACCUAAGUGCAUCCGAGUUACGUGCAGCUGCAGCAUCAUCAGAUCAGAAAAUGUUAUCGACGAAGCAGCAGACAAUGCGUCGAAUGCAAUUGGAACGAGAAUGCGAAGCGACUGAAGAUUCGGGCACUAGAAAUGUUGAUGAGAUCGACAAUGUAGUCCAAAAGCGGCGAGAAGAAACGGUGGCACAUCGGAAAUGGCUGCAAUCACUACCAAUCAAUGAAAGAGUUAAUCAACAACGUCAACAAAAUGCUCUGCGCAAGUGGCGGCAGAUAAAUAACGAGUGGGAGACUUUUAAGAAGAAAGCAGCGCGACGUUUAAACAAGAACCCACAAGAGCUUGUCAUUAGUCGAGCGUCUGCUUAUCGAGAGCAGCGUGAAAUGUAUGAUGCUUUGCAGAAGGCCCGACCAUUACGUGACAAAGUAGGUGCGGAUCUCUGGCUCGUAAGCUUAAGAGACGAAGGAACUCGAUUUGUGCCAGUAGGUAAUAUCUUCAGUGGUCUUUAUUGUCCAAUUCGCGAGAAUUCGAAACUUGGUCCCAGUGUUCGACGGCCACUAGACAAUUAUUACAAUAGUGAUACUAGCGAGCAUGACGAGUCUCGACUGCUGUCGAAGCUUGAGAAACGAUCGCUCGAGCUUUUAGCUAAAAAAAAAUGGCGUCUACGAAAGCAACUUGAGUUGCUACUCCCACAUGAGGUACAGAGUAGUGCUGAUAGCAAUCUUGCAGUUGAAACAAUGGAACUGUUCGCUUGGGCGUCUGGAUCUGGUGUUGAUGGUGAUGACGACGAAUUUGACUAUUCAUUAUCAAACAAGGAGGAGCAAAUAGCUUCACAACAGCACCAAUUACAUUCUCGUGCAAAUGCGAGCUCUUCCGACGUGAUAAAUGAGACUGAGUCUGACAACAACGAGUUUGACGGUCCGAGUCUACGCAUUACAUAUGCUUCUGAUGACGACGCCGGCGAUUACGUUAUGAAGAGUAACGGGGAUAGUUUCGAAGGUCGUCAUUUGCCACUUCGUCUAAGCUUCUUUACUCCUGUGGGGGAGCAAGACCAACGCUCGCUAAAGAUAUAUAACGAUGGAAACACAAUCGUUCACUACCAAUGGUGGCGAGUUCCUUUUAAAGAUGAGACGGAUGAAUUAAUGUCUCAUUUACGCGGACAGCGUACACGUCGAGAAGAACAAGAGUUUGAGCAGCUGAUUACAAUUUCGGUGUCAAAGCACGGUGGCACACUACUACCGGGAGACACGCAGUUAUUUGUGUUCACCUUUAACUCAUUACAAGCUGGUAUGUACCUUGCAAAGUGGCUUCUUGAUGUGGAUCCUCAGCCACAAAUCCGUUUCCGUCCCAGAUCCAUUGAUCCAGUAACGGAUUUAUCCGAGCCGGUAGAAGUGCAUUUGAGUUGCGUUGCAAUUGACAAAUUUUCCGCGCGAAGACAACGAGCAAUACAGCUAACGCGUAUACAGCAGCUAGAAGGUCGUGUUAUCGUAGCGUCUCUUGUAGAUGAAAUAUUGGAAUGUGUGCGAUUACCGAAGCCUAUGGACUUUCAUGAUAUGAUGCCGCGCGAUGAUAUGAAAGAAUUCUAUGAUAAAAAUGGCUCUCAUGAAUUCGGUGACGUGUAUUAUAGCCCGGCUUUCGUACGUGACUGCCGCGCACUGUAUGAACGAGCACAAGCUAUUGUGAGCGCUCUUAUACCAUCAAAACAAGUAACGAUCGUCAACAGUGACAGCACAAACCAGAAUGCAGCCGACGACAUAACAAUCAAUGUCGAGAAAUCAGCUUUGAUUACCGCUUUAGAACAACCGAGCAGUGCAGAAAGGGCCAUCACUGAAGCUACCUUGCAAAUAGAAUGUGCCCCUAAUGCGUACCCUCAAACGCCCCAUGCCCAAGAAUGGAAUUGGUGUCUUAAAGAACUUGCUCAGCUUUGCGUAAUGGCCGAUGAAACUCAGCACCGACACCUUAGCUACUUGAAGCACCGGUUGGAAAACGAAUUUGACGAUCUUGAUGAGGAUGACGAUGAUGAAGAUGAUGGGGAAGAUGAGGAAGCAACAAAUAAGGCAGACCAGGAAUUGGAAGAUUCGAAAGAAAAAGACCAUAAAAAUGGUGGGUUGAUCGAUGAGAAGCGAACACCAUACGAGGUGCGUCGAGCUGAAAAAUUUGCUCGUCGUCAAGCUUUAGAAGACGAGAUAAGUGCUUACAAGCCCGACCUCCAGAUAACAUUUGAGAUGCUGCGAUAUUCAGCCUGUACAACACCUUACCAGAAUACAAGAUUACAUCAAAGAUUGCGGGAAAGAAUAGCAAGCUUGUGCAGUGAAUUGCCGGUGGUAUGUGAAAUUGCUAAAAUGAUGAACCCUGGAGACGAGGCUUCCUUAUAUGCAGCCAAAGUCGAGGGAGUGGGGAAAUUAUUAGUGCGCGGACUUGAUGAGGCUAUUGGAGAUAAUUUGGACCAUCAGGUCUUGAUUGAGAUUGAGCGACGACGGGUCCAAAAAAUGUGGUUAAAGGACAAAGCGUCAUACUCAUCUAUCGGUCUGAAUAAAGCUGCUGGUUCAACAACAGCUGCCGCGGGCAGUGAAGAUCCCAGACAAGCUCUGGAGCCAACGGCUGUAGAUCAUUCUGGAGUAAUUAUAAUGCAAGUUGAUUUAGAUCUAGCUGCGUGGUACUCGUUGAUAAUUACGGAAGCUGAAGAGGCUGUUGCUUCUGCAGAUGGACCAUUGAGUCUGUCGUGGCAACUCUCGCCUGCCCUGGUUCAGCAAGAAACUUUCGUACCAGCAAAAGUUCGUGAAGCAGCUGAUGCAAUUCAAAACGUGUUAAACACUCUGUCAAGUGGCUACCCAAAUGCUCACACUGUAGUGCUAGUAAGCGAAUUAAACCGUCCGCCGUUGACAAGGCAUACGUACAAUUUGCUCUGUCGUGUCUCCCAAGCAGGCGUAAAAGCAAAAGAGCUGCGACAAGCUCAAAAAAUCGAAACAAACAGCAUACAACUUUUAACGAAUCAAGACGAACAAGUUACAAAGGCAGAUAUGGCUUGUAUUCUUGAUCGUUUAUUGCUAAGGCUCUCGCUUCGAGACGUUGCUCCUAUUUUGCAGCGUACUACUGGAAAAGUUGUCACGUUUUGCGCCUCUGUCGAUGAACUGCUGCACCAAUGUCAAAACCACGUGUUAGAGUCAGUGACUGUACCCAUUGAUGACGAGCUUUUGGGCGGGAUAAUCAAAGUCGAUGGAGUUGCCCAGAGAGCAAAAGAGACUCCAAGAAUCCUUCUGCUUGAACAUCUUGAGGCAGCUGGUAUUAAAAUGGUCAUCCCAGCAUCUCAAAAAGAAGACGAACUCGUCAAAAAUCCAACAACACUUACACCCACUAAAACUCAAAAGCACGUAGUGGGCGGGAAUAAACGCUCAGACGCUGUCACUCUUAAGGGAAAGAUAGCGACACCCUCAGCUCCUGCGUCUGUAAAUCCGGCUAUCGCUUCUACUCCAUCUAUUUGUGAUCUUCUAAACCCUGAGAGUGCUGGAGAGAAUAUCAAGAAGCAGGGUUUGGAAGCCCUUCGAAACGAAUUCAUGCGCAUUGGAAGUGUUUGUGUGAUGGAUUGUCUUCCAUCUAUAAUGUAUGAGAGUGCCUUCGCGUUCACAGCUAGGCAAAAUGACACUCAAACUACUCCGCGAAUAUUCGCAGGGCCAACGCUUUGUCAAGAAAUUGAAAGAUGGCACCAGACGCUCCAACCGACGGACCCCGAUAUUGCGAUCAACAAGAUAUUUCGCAUGCACACCGCUGUAGUUGGCGGUAAGUCUUUAGAGACAAAAUUACGACUGAUUGAUGGCCUCCUAGAGUUUGUCCAAGAAAUUUACUUUGUCGGUGAAGUCGCAAUGAGCCUUUACAGAGUUUUGCAUUUGAAGGAAAUGAAAAUCUCAGCCACAUGUGAUGUUGAUGGCAUGAAGGAUGGCGAAGAAGAUGAGAAAGUAGAAGAACAAAACAAACUCCUAAGCGAAACGAGUCUCGAGAAAGAAUCUGAAAAGGCCCCAUUCGAGACUCGAACCGGUAAAGCCUGCUCAUUAUGGAAUCUUCUUGUACCAGCAGUCGAAAAAAUUCAGAAAAAAGCAAACCGCAAAUGCGUUCGUUUAAUGCUUCCUAUCGAUUGGAUUGUUGGAGAGACUUACCUCGAAGAGCAGGACAAAAGUCAUGAUAUCGAAAAUGACGAGGCGGAAGAAGAAGAGGAAGCAUCACAAUGGGAAGAUCGACUACGACAAAGGAUGUCUCAAAAAAUUGAGCCGGACCACCUCGACAUUUUCGAGCAAAAACGUCAGUACGUUUUUGAUGGUGAGCGAGCACAUGUUGUUCUUGGCCAUGCCUCCUUGAGAGAUGAAGCUUUAUCAGACAUUGGUUGGCAAACAUUUCAAGAUGUAACAACAUCAUGCUUUGCCGAUGUAAAAGUUGUAAACGGAAAGUCGAGCAUUUUGACUUCGUGCUGUUCUGACUCAGAAGGUGAUGAUGUGGAGUCGCGGAACAACACGGCAGCUUUGUACGAUUGGACUUUUCGUGCCUUUGACGUAGGUCCAAUUGCAAUGCAAGCUCUUGCGAGAUACUUCCACCAAGAUGAAAAAUGGGAUUGUCAAGAUCCAACGUCAGCAAUUUCAAAAGCAUUAAUUGUAAACGGUGUCUGCGGUGCUGUUGAGUAUCAUGAAUUUUGCACUGCGACCAAGCAGCUUCUGAAAAUGCUUUUAGACUACGAUCCACAAAACGUGUUUGUUGCAGGAAACGGAACAGCAAGUUGGUUUCAGCAUAUCGAGAGUAAGCUGUUUGCUUGUACAUCGACUGAUAUGAACGAAAGCAACGAAGACGAAAGCAUGCAUGUGGACUUAACAAAUUCCAAUGAGAACCUCAGCCUCCCAGCUUGUGUCCGCAAGGUUGUGAAUGACCGAGUUGUGCGGAAUGCACGAGCACUUAAACGGCUAAUUGAAGUCAGGCCACAUCCAAGCUUAGUAAAUUUGGCAUCUCACGAGUUUUUAGCUAGUUGA